ACCCAAAACAUUAAAUUAAACAUGACUGGAUCAGGUUCUCCUUGUGGUGCUUGCAAGUUCUUGAGAAGAAAAUGUGUAAAGGGUUGUGUUUUUGCCCCUUAUUUCUGCCAUGAACAAGGUGCUGCUCACUUUGCAGCCAUUCAUAGGGUUUUUGGUGCAAGCAAUGUCUCUAAACUUCUUGCUCACUUACCCGUUAGUGGUCGCUGCGAAGCAGCGAUUACCAUCGCGUAUGAAGCUCAAGCAAGGCUUCAAGAUCCCAUCUAUGGCUGCGUUUCACAUAUUUUCGCGCUUCAACAACAGGUUGUUAGUUUACAAUCCCAACUAGCUUAUUUAAAAGCUCAAGCAGCUCAAAGUGUACUCAAUGGUUCAAGUUGCUCAAACUAUCCUAGCAAUGAUACACCUCCACAAGAUAUCCACAGUUGGUUUCACCAAUCACAGAAUUCAUGCAUAAAUAUGUCCCAAUUAGAUCAAAACUCGAGCGAGAUCAUGAAUAUCGACUCAAUGGAAGGAACCUAUGGGAAUUCAUUUAUCAAGGAAGAAGAUGGGUCAUUUUCCAGCUUCCAAGAAGGUUCAAGUUACUCCAUUGAUUCUCUGGACAUGCAACUAAGCCACAACAAAGAAUGGUUUGUCCAAGAGAAUAUGGAAGACCUCCAUUCUGUUGCUUUUGGCUAUAUGCACCAUUAGUUCUCAAAUGGAAAUCUAGUUUAGUUUGGGAUCAACUAGAAAAUACUUACAAAAAUAGUUGCUCUACCAGUUUUGUAUUUUCUAAAAUAUUCUAUCCCAGACAUGCCAUUUUGGUACCUACCAUAUAAUAAGAUUAAACUAGGCCAGGUAGUAAACCCUAGAAUAUGUUAAUAAGUUUGGAAAACCCUAAAUCUUGUGUAACUUUGGAUAUGAUCCUUUUAAUAUUAGUUUAUAAAGUGUUGAUCUGAAGAAAA